AUGAGGUCUGCAGCUCAAGUCUUGCGCCCUGAUUCCCACCCACGGACACGCCAUCCAACCAGAGAGAAUGAGGGGGCCACGUGGGGCUCACAACCUCCCCGGACUGAGAGGGGAGGUGACAGGAAGUGCCCCCCCUCUAUCCUGAGACCCAGACGGCAGGAAUGUGGGUGCCAUGGGGCUGAGCCACAGAGAACUUCAAGGCAUGUGCGGUUCCGAGAGCCCCUGGAGGUGGCGGUCCACUACAUUGCCCGCAAGGACACCACAGCCACGGUCAAGGUACCCAGUCGACCAGCUUCCCGUGGUGGCUCUCUGCUCCAGCCAGCGUCCUGCAGUGGCUCCCUAUUCCUGUGGCUGACUCUGUGUGUUCUACUUGGAGUGGUGCUGGGCCUGUACUGUGGCCAGGCCAAUCAUGUCACAGUAGCCCUGGAGGACCUCUGGAGCUGGCUCCUCGUCCUCCUCUUGCGCCUGUGGCAUGUAGUCCUUGCCUGUUGGCACUGCCUCCUGCGGCUCUGA